GGAAAUCAGCCCAGCAGGGCCUGCUGUGCGUGCGCCAGCGUCUGUUUUCGGGCUUUUAGGAAAACAUCGAGGCUUUGGGGAGGUUUCGGGUGUUAACGCUGCGUCCUGUGGAUCGAUUUAGCCAGACCUGUCGGUGCCAUGGAGCCCACAUCAGCCUGGUCCUGAACGGCGUGAGGAAACAGAGCAACCAUUCUGGCCUAAAGUCCGCUCCUGCUCCAACAGACCUGCAGACAGACAGACAGCCCGCUGAGAGCGACAGACAGGCACAGCCAAGUCAUGGAGGCGAUAUGGCUCUAUCAGUUCCGGCUGAUCGUCAUCGGGGACUCCACGGUGGGCAAGUCGUGUCUGAUCCGGCGGUUCACGGAGGGACGCUUCGCCCAGGUGUCGGACCCGACCGUCGGCGUGGACUUCUUCUCGAGGCUGGUGGAGAUCGAGCCCGGCAAGAGGAUCAAGCUGCAGAUCUGGGACACCGCGGGUCAGGAGCGCUUCAGGUCCAUCACCAGGGCUUACUACCGUAACUCGGUGGGCGGGCUCCUCCUGUUCGACAUCACCAACCGCCGCUCUUUCCAGAACGUCCACGAUUGGCUGGAGGAGGCGCGCAGCCACGUCCAGCCCCAUAGCAUCGUCUUCCUAUUGGUCGGCCACAAGUGUGAUCUGGAGGCACAGCGCCAGGUGACCCGCCAAGAAGCAGAGAAGCUGGCGGGGGCGUACGGGAUGCGCUAUGUGGAGACGUCAGCCCGUGACGCCAUCAACGUGGAGCACGCCUUCACCGAGCUGACCAGAGACAUCUUCGCCCUGGUGCGGUCCGGCGAUAUCACAAUCCAGGAGGGCUGGGAGGGCGUUAAGAGCGGGUUUGUCCCCAAUGUGGUGCACUCCUCGGAGGAAGUGACCAAGAGUGACCGCCGCUGUCUGUGUUGAUCUGGGAAGAGUUUUGGGACUGAAGGUGAAACGGGGAGCGAUCCAGGAAGGAUUCAGAGGAGAGCGGCUGACGGACUGAAGUGUCAGCCGUCUGACUGAGACUGUUGGUAGCCCUCUGUUGUUCUUUGUUCGGACUGGAUACAGAAGGACUUUCAAUGAAGGUAGAUGGCGGAGAAGAUCACCUUGAACACGGGUGGAGAGCUGAAGGGUUGUGCCUGUUUCUGUUUUAUUUCUCGGAGAGGAAGGAUCACAGAUUUACUUGCGAGGGCUCCCAUGAUUCAGUUCCUUUAGUUUUGUUUUGGAUAAUCCCUCCUUGAAAGUCUUAGAAAGGCCUUAGAAAGAGGAUCCAUUUUGGUUCUCCGCCAAAUGACACUCUGGACUAGUCUUUCUUUCUCCCGUCAUCGCCUCCUUCAUCUCGCCUCCCACAACUUUUCAAACUUCUCCUCUCCUCCAAUAUGCAAUUACAUGAUCACAUACGAAUAUCACUUUUACGUUGGUUUCCUUCCAGCACAUAUCAUUCGAAAAACUUGAGUCGGCGCCUUUAGAUUUCUCUUGUGCUGACAUUUUGCUCCACAUUCCACGAUCAGAGGUCAAUGGAGGAGUCCUGGAGGUCCUAAAUUCAACACGGGAAGACUGAUUUCCUUCCCAGUGCUGUGAUUUUGUUGCCACAUUAUUUCAUUAUUUAUUUCAAAGCAAUUUAGGUCUCCAGCGAGCUCAAUGACAUUGACGAAAUAAUUAUUAUCCACUAUCAUUCUGCUAAAUACCGCACUAUAACAAAACAUUGUCACCCAUCCAGUUCCUAAUGGACUCCUUAAGCAGGACGAGACAAUGUGUACAGCUUAACUGACAGAGGUGGACUUGGACUAACAACUCCUAACUGUCUGCCUUUAACUAUGACAUGUUAAGGUGGACUUAAACGAGUGUCGGAGCCAGAAAGCACCUUAAGAGCCAAGUCCACCCCAAGUGUGGAGCCUCAUUUUGGAAUUAUGAUGGAGAUAACUUAUUUCUUGAAAGCAACAGAGAGGGACCAGACCACGGACUCCACAAAAGAACCACAUUAUCCGCAAUGCACGGACAAUAUAAUCAUGCAAAGGAAGUCAAAUUGGCAUUGAUUCAACCUAACACAGAUACAGGUACGGAGAAACUACAAGGUUAAAUUUGCUGUGAGAAAGUGGUUUAUAUGCCUUUUUUAUGUGUGUGCGCAAGUGUAAUAUCUCAUCAGACCUUACUUUUCUUUUUAAUAUGCUCCAAUGCUACAGGUCGAUGUUACUUUGGAAUUGUCUGCUGUUCAAAGAUCCCACUUACACUUAGAAACUACAACCUGUUUUGGAUGGAUUGGGUAGCUAUCUGAUUCCAAAAAAACGUAAAUGCAGCAUUGGAAGAUAGUUUUUAAUGGUAUAAAUGCAUGUAAAUUGGAGAGACAUACACUCAGUUGCCAGUUUAUUAGGAACAAUUACCAUACAGUAAUGCAGUCUAAGGACCUGAUCGGGCAGCGCGUGCUUUAGCAGCUUGGGUCGGCCUUUCGUGAUGGUUUUUUAAUGCGUGCUUGCUGCUUGAACACCCAACGUUUUUGCAGGAGUGCCCUAAAGACCUUGAGAUAAAAAGAAUACAAUUUAGAGUGGAAAAAGCGCCCAACGCCAUGGUCUUAAGACAAUGCACCUGCAGUGACAUCACUGUUUGGGGGUGUGGUGGAAAUCCUUAAAGGCCCAGACACACCAAACCGACAUCAUGGAACUAGUUGCAAUCGAGGCCAAUUGUUGCAUCGCCUCACGUUUCCUGUGUCUCUGCAAAAAGUUGCACUUGAACACACUGCAAAGACUAUAACCAACUAGAAUGAACAUUUAGCACCUGCGUAAGAGAAAAUAACGCUCCACAUCAGCAGGCGGUCUGUAUUCGUCAUUCAAAAAAGGAAACCAGAAGACUGACAAUAUGGAUUCAAGAUGCUAGUUAGCCAGUUAGCACAUUUACAAUACAACCCAAUGCUGAAAGAACAAAUUAUAUUUACAGUGUGCCAUCGAACAAUAAAACAAUUACGAAUCGUUUCCGCUAAAAAGCUCAAUGGUUAAAAAAUAAUCGUACCUAAUAUAACAAGUUUACUUAGAUCUCACUCCUUCUUGACUUUAGCUGUUUUUAAGUGAUUUCAUUCACCAAUGUGCUACAAAGGCAAUUCAACAAUCUAAAUCAACCUAAAAAAAGCAGAAAAUGACAGAAUAUUACCUACGGUGCAGCAUACAACGCAAGAAUUAGGGCAACAGACACUCAGCAACAGCCAAAUGUUGUAUAAAGGUGUUUUCAAGAUUCCCGUUAAAACUACUUAACAUAUGAAAUCAGUGUCGGACCAAAUAUAUUAAUCUGUUUUGUUUUUGUAAGCCACAUCAACAUACAUAUCUGACUGUAUUUGCUACAAUAUAAAUAUUGUCAUUUAAUCACCGACAAGGAACAGUGAGACUUUUAGCAUUUUUAGCAAUUAAAAGUAACUUAAGCACCUGGAUUGCUUGGUGUAAAUUUGUAUUUCCAUGCACCUUUUUUUCCAGAAUAACUUUAAACUACCGUGUAUUUCUCUCUUUUCAAAUGAUUUGAUUUCAUUUUUUCAUCUAUUUUUGACCGUUAAUCUGAUACACAAUCCUUAAUGAAUGCCUGCGCUGAUUUUUGCUAUGACCUCUCCUAUAUAUCUUCUUACUCCCAAUUUGUCAAAUAGCGGCGCUUUGUCAGCGCCGUCAUCAUCA